AACACCAUCCAGAACAUGAACCAACUGCGGGCGAGCUACCCGACCAAGACCACUGUCACCUCCUCUCCAGUGGGGAAAACCUCCUCAUAUGGGUUUGAUUCAUCAGCUGCAGUAGCAGCAGCAGUGAUGAAUUCAAGGUCUUCUGCUUUCGCAAAGCGCAGCCAGAGCUUCAUCGAUAGGGGAGGUAUGAGCCAUCGCUCACCUGGGUUCACUGCAGCUUCUAAUUCUGCAACCUUGAUGUCAUCCAAUCUUUCUGACUGGAGCUCCCCUGAUGGGAAACUGGAUUGGGGCAUUCAAGGAGAUGAACUCAACAAGCUGAAGAAGUCUGCCUCUUUCGGAUUCCGAACCAACAACACUGCAACAGCAACACAAUCCAUGAUGGCCUCAACUGAUGAACCAGAUGUAUCUUGGGUUAAUUCCCUAGUCAAGGAUGUUCCUUCUGUCUCAGCUGGGCUGUUUGGUUCCCAGCAACAGCCAUACGGCAUUGGGGUUCAUGAGAAGCUCCCUCCAUGGGUGGAGCAAAUGUACAUAGAACAGGAGCAGAUGGUGGCUUAAGCCAACAUAUCUGCUGCAACUAUCCUCCGUUAUCAUCCUGACAAGUUUGAUAUCUUCAGAAUUCUUAUAAGGUAUUCAAUAUUUGUAUGUAGCAUUAGAGAAAGGGAAAAGGGUAGAAAAACAAACCGCAGAACAAGAAAGAUUGAUGGCUCCCAGCUCAUGUAGGAAUAGGAUUAUGAUCAAGGGAAAAAGCCCAGAUGAAGCAAAGAAGCAGAAAGGAUUUUUUUUUUUCUUUUCUUUUCUUUUUUAUAAAUAUUUUUUCAAUUUUUCUCCCUUCUGGGAGUUGUUUUAUAUAUUUAUCAGUAUCAAGAAGAUAAGAGAACCUGCUGGCUGAGAAGUGUAGCUAUUCUAUUUGUUGUAUUCCAUUAAAAUGGACAAUUGUAUUUUCA